CAGCCGCCUUGUGCCGGGCGGUGCUUGUCAGCCGGGGCGGCGGUGGCUCCCGGUGAAAGGCGAUCGGCGUGCCGUGCUCGGUCGCGCCGCCGCUCCCGGCCCGGUGGCCCUGCGGCAGCGCCUCGGGGCCGCAUCUCGGCUGCCCCCGGGGUUGGGAUGGCGGAGGGGGCGUGAGGCCCUGCUGUCUCCCUGCGCCCCGAGAGCGGUUUGCCGGCUGGGUGCCCCAGGCCAAGGAAGGGUUGAUGCCUUUUUACAGGAGGAGCGUGUCCCCGCGACAGGGGCGGUUGGCCUGCCCUUCCGACCCUGUGUGCUGGGACAGAGAGCUGGAGAAACCUCGGCCUGGCUGGCUUGUGAGAGUGGCGAGAGCACCACGUGGAACAAACGCAGCUUCCACGUCAAGGGAAAGUGAGCUGUGGCUUAGGAGUAGUUUAGGAUAAAGUAACUAGCCAAGAGCGUGUGGUGGCCUCUGUAUAAAGCAGCUCUUGAGCCUGUGCUGAGAUUUGUGUAGAUUGUUCCUUUGCCAUAGGAAAGAUGCAUCAUUAUUAGAUGCCACACCAGUUGUCAUCUGUGCUAAGCUGCAACCAAAAUGGCUAAGUACAGGCUUGUUCUCUUAAGACAUGGGGAAGGAGCUUGGAAUAAGGAGAAUCGCUUCUGCAGCUGGGUGGACCAGAAGCUGAGCAGUGAUGGGAUAAAGGAAGCUCAGAACUGUGGCAAACACCUUAAAGCACUGGGCUUUGAGUUUGACCUCGUCUUCACCUCUGUGCUCAGCCGCUCCAUCCAGACUGCAUGGCUUAUCCUGGAAGAGAUGGGCCAAGAGUGGGUCCCCAUUCAGAGUUCCUGGCGACUGAAUGAACGUCAUUAUGGUGCACUGAUCGGUCUCAAUAGAGCAGAAAUGGCUCUGAAUCAUGGGGAGGAGCAAGUGAAAAUAUGGAGGAGAAGCUAUGAUGUUACCCCACCUCCUAUAACUGAAUCUCAUCCUUACUAUGAAGAGAUAUACAAUGAUCGCCGGUAUAAAUGCAGUGAUGUUUCUCAGGAUAAUCUCCCAAAGGCUGAAAGUCUAAAAGAUGUGCUUGAUAGACUCCUUCCCUAUUGGAAUGAGAAGAUAGUGCCAGAACUGAGGAGUGGCAAAAUGAUCCUUAUCUCUGCUCAUGGUAACAGCAGCAGGGCAUUGCUGAAGCACCUGGAAGGCAUCUCCGAUGAGGACAUCAUCAAUGUUACUCUCCCCACUGGUGUGCCCAUACUUCUUGAACUUGAUGAGAAUCUGCACCCUCUGGGCCCUCACCAGUUUCUGGGUGAUCAAGAAGCUAUCCAAGCUGCCAUCAAAAAAGUGGAAGAUCAAGGGAAAGUAAAAUCUGCUGAGAAGUAAAAUCCCACUAACAUAGUUGUUUUUAAAGUGUGGACAUAAGUGAUGAUUGGUGUAUGACUGCUAGGUUGCACUGUGUGAAAGUAUCAAUUUCAAGCACUAAAUAAUUGGAAGGGACAGUUGUUGAGUCUCAGGUUGGUAGAUUAACGCUCUGCCUUUCAAAAACUGGAAUUUAGAUCUCAGCAUGAGGUUAUGAAUACUGAAAAAAGAAAUCAAGAGAUCAUUCAGGUAUGGAAACUUGCAGGGUAGUCUGCCCCAGAUCUAAGAUUGAAGGGUGGCCCAGUAAAGAAAUAAAGGGAUAUCUUACUGGUGUCUACCAAUAAUUAGUCCUAAUCUGUGAAGGGGAAAAGCACCAGCUUACUGGACUAAUUAAGUCGAGGUUGUUAUAGGCACUAAAACUUUCUCACUGAUAAAAUGGCACCAGGUAACAGAGUUAUCCAGUAUGACUGUUUUGUGUCAAUGGCCAUGACAAUUUGUUCUGGAUGGAGUUCCUUCAUUCUUUCAGAAUACUUCCAUCUGUACAACUCUCCUUCCAUGGCCAGUUCGUGGUCCAGAGGAUAAUUUUGUAGAGAUAUUCAGACUGUUACCGUUACCAUAAUUUGUCUUUUGUUACACUAUAUUCUAGUUUAUAAGAAAUCUAGAAGGAAUUCCUUUUCUUCCAUCAUCUUUGCAAAGCCUAGCAUGACCAUUUUGUUGGCUUGCAAUAACAGGAUUUAACUCAGACAUUAGUCCACAAACUAAGCACAAAGGUUUCCUGUUCAGUGUUUAAAUUAUCACUUAGCUGUUAGUGAGUGAUCUGCAUAGCUUUGAAACACUCAAGUAACAUGUACUAGAGGUUUGAUCAUCUCUUAAUCAAGUUGUUAGAAUAAUUCCUGUUUACCUCAAUAAAACUAGAUGUAGGAAAAUCCCCCUCUAAGAUUUCCUGAGUUGUCAAGAUCUUCAUAAGUGUGUUCCACAGUAAUAUUAUUUUGUCAUUCUCUGUAUCAGUUUCUCAGGAGGGCUGGAAGAGAUACAUAUGGCAUGUAAGAUGGCCAAAUGAGCUGCACCCAGUAGCACAUCACACCGGUAGGGAAGGAUGUUCUGCCAUGUCUGAAAGUGUUCUGCUAUAAAACUCUCCUCACAAUCAUAGAUUCAUUCCCUCCGAGUGUGAUCCUGCUGUUGUGUUUGGCACUAAAUUUGCUCAGUUCACACUGGUUGGGUGUAGUGUAGCGUGUAUGGCAGUUUGCUCUCUGUUCACAAGCAUCAGGAUAAUUCCACUUUUGAAGACUUGCUCUAAUCUUACUUGCAGAUAUGAAAGUGUUAUUUAGAUUUAGAUCUGACUCAGUGUCUCAACACCUGAACAUCUGGAUUCUGACCUCAGUUACCUACAUGGGUGGCACUUGUGUGUGUACUGUUUGAGCUGAAUGUGUUCUCAGCAUGGCCCAGCUAUAAAUCUGAAGAAAAGUUGAUGAGAAAUCCCUUGGUAUGAUGAUAGUAUAGACUUUUAAAAUUCUAUAGUAGCUGCUUCUUUGCAGCGAGCAGCUCUGUAGCUCAUGCUUUGUAAGAGUGAGAGGAUUUUUUUUUUCCUUUGAGGAGAGCAGUGGGAGUGUGGUGUGCCUCUGACAGUCUCCCUGCUAUAUGGAGGUAGACUUUCCGGGUCUGAUACUGGCUCUUACUAGCAUAGCACGUGCUCCAUAGAAGACUUCUUGCUAGAUGGUAGUUUCUCCUGCAUGAAUGAUGCUUGGGCUUCUCUUUGGUUUUGUUUUUGUAGCCCUUGCAGUAGGAACAAAGUUACAUGUUUCUCUUUUAAAUAUAAAGCUGGUAGGUUUCCUCUUGCUUUGUACAAGCAAGGAUAUUUCAGUGUGUGUGUGUUUUUUUUUUUUUUUUUUUUCUCUCUUUUUUUUUUUUUUUCCUCUGAAACACUAUUAGCAGCUUCUCUGCUACUCUAUUUGAUACUGACUUACUCCUUUUUGGGUUUUUAGUUUCCUGUUCAGAGAGUAACUCUCAAUCUUAGUUGGUACUUUACAAGUCAGUGUUACACAGUUAGACUGUUGAUCAGCAAAUGUCCAUCUGUUAAGGCUCUGAGGGCCACUGGCACCCCAGUGAUUAGAUUCUUCUCCAAACAUUCAACAAUGUGUAAAGUUCAGCAUCAAGUAAAAGUUACUGUAGUCUUGUUAACAAGGCAAGCAGAGCCACCUGUUGUUGUUGGGAACUGCUGUGUGGGCUUCCAGGCCUUGGCUAUCAGUGUCCGUAUCCCUUUGGCAUUGUGAUAUUGUAAAGUAGAACUUCUUCAGGACUCGAGACAGCUGAAAUGUACUUGGAAACAAACCCAUCUGAACUGGGAGAUGCUCCUUCCUCCCCUUCCCUUAGAGAAUUCAUUAUCUCUUCUGGGGAUGGAGUGGAGAAUGGAAAGGUGGAUGGGUGAAUGUAGAGAGGGUUAAUAUUUCUUCUUAUAGCCAAGUGGAUGAAAGUGACUGCAAAUAGCCUUUCAGAGAGUCAUGGACAGUAAGAAAAGAACAGCAGUGUGAUGUUUUCAGGUGACACUAUUUCUGCAUUGCUCCAUAAAACAGGAAUUGUGACACUGCCCUGGGAAGUUUGAUUUAAUUUGUUUUGUUUGACUCCAGGAUGAUGACAGGAUUUUAUGUGCACAUCUGGCAGCAAUAUCACCUCACCAAAGUAUCAAAUGGAACCAACUGGGGAUUUCAUUGUGCUCUUUAAGAUUAUUUUAACACCUUACGAUGCUUGCUUCAGAACAGCGGUCUAAUUAAAUUCCUGAUUCUUAGAACGUGUAUAUUGAAGAACAGAAACCAUCUUCCACCAACAGUGGUAAGGGUGUCUGAUCUUUAGGCAUAACUACAUUAGGAGAAAUGAGAAUCUUGCAGGUGGCUUGGGAGAUCAGUGGUUGGAAAGCAUUUUCCCCGUGUUUGAUUAUGUCUCAAAGUCCUGUAAGGUAACUGGUGUUUCUACAGUUGACAUUAUGGAUGUGGUUGGUUUGGUUUGUUUAUGGAUUUUUAACUUGUGGUUCAGUAGCAGUAAUAGCUCUAGAAUCCUCUUGAAAACCUUUGUAAAUAUGGUGGAGCUGGCAGGUUCUUUAUAACUCAAUAAAUUUACCUGAAAUAGAA